AACAAUGGUCGUCGGCUAGCUAGCUGAAGGAAGGCUGAUAUCAUAUUAUUGUACCAUUACCAUUACAUUCAACUUAUACGUCUUUUGUUGUGAUAUGUUACGUUGUAUUUGAACUUUGCUGUGCCUUCUCAGUCAAAUUUGUUUGAGAAAAUUAAAUUUACAAAAACCUUAUGGAUAGCGAAAUCUUCGACAGUGGUAUGGCGUCUUUAGACGACAGUAGUAAGGAUGCCACACCAGAAAAGCCUAAAGCCAUCGUUGGAGACGAUGAUGCCUACGACGAGGAUAUUGAAGAUGAAACAUGGGCAGAGAGAUUAGAGGGCCUGACUGAAAUGCUUCCUGAUUCAGUUCGCAACUUUUCUUCAAAGGUAGCUAGCAUGACAACCGCAUCAAUCAAAGGAUUAUACAACUUCUCCAGGAGUGGUUUAUGGAUAGUCGCUAGUUCAUCUCUCUUACUGUUUGGACCUUUGGUUUUUGAAGUGGAGCGAGCUCAACUGGAGGAAUCUCAGCGUAGCCAACAAAAACAGUUCUUACUUGGACCUAACACCAUGUCGGGCAACCUGGGUCCAAACAUGGCCAUGACUUCACGAUAAUUCCCCCACCGCUCUCUAGUCCAAGAUAAUACCAAAUUCUCGUUUAAAGAAAAUUAUCGUA